AUGGAGAAUUUACCGAAAAAUCACCACAUGAAUUCAGCGUUGCUUCCCCAGGCUUUGAAGGAUCAGAACAAGACGGAUGGACCACACUUAGUGAGUCCAGGUUUCGUCAGACCUACGAAUAUUUCUACUCAAACGUCUCCUAGAGAAGUUGCCAUGGUAAUCUGUAAACUUCAAUACCAAAAUGUCGUCUAUACUGAAGCUCAUGCAUUCAGACUUUGUGACGAAACUGGUAACUGGGUGUGGGGAAACUGGACAAACUACACGGAAUGUCUUCAGCUUUUACAUCAGGACUGGUUAUGUAAAACAAUUUUAUCCCUCAAAAUGUACGCCGCCAUGGCUAGCAUAAACUGGAUGUUUAUAGAAGGUCUCCUUCUACAUACUAGGAUCACAAUCUCUGUGUUCAGUAAGGAUGCUCCUUUCAAAAUUUACUACUUGGUAGGAUGGGGUUUUCCGUUACUAUUUAUCAUUUCCUGGUCAAUAAUCAUGGCUCGGUUCCUGAAUACGCCAUGUUGGAAAGGGUACGGAAAAACAUAUUACAUGUGGAUCGUUACAGGACCCAUGAUUACGGCUCUCGUGGUAAACACUGUCUUCUUAGUGAACGUUGUACGUAUAUUGGUGACGAAACUACGCAUGAACAAUUCCAUAGAAACCACGCAAGUCAGGAAAGCCAUCAAAGCUACUGCUCUUCUUUUCCCUCUGCUCGGAAUCACCCAUCUUCUCUUCUGCAUCAAUCCUCGUGACGAUGCUCACCUAGAGAGGGCGUACAUGAUCACUAACGCCUUGUUGCAGUCCUCACAAGUACAGACUGCUCUGCGAAACGCUUACCUGCGCGCCAUCUUACGGCGAAAUCCCAAUCAUCGGUUGAUGCGUGGUCGUGGCUUGUCACGUACAUCUGCUACUUAUCUAUCAAGCUAUGAUACUACCUUCAUUGAUGCUGCUCGUCACAAGAAAAACCUGAAACCAGUGAUAACAACUACUGGUACUGGUGCUAGAAGAGCUGUUGGAGCUGAGAAGUUAUUGAGGCUUGAUAUACAGCAGAGGAUAAUGCUUCUAGAAUAUUUCAACAAUGAUCCUCGCAGUAUUGUAGUUUGUACAAAAACAUAUCAACAGGCACAAAAUUUGUGA